AUGACUCAACAAACAAAAGGAAGCCGAGGCAACUCACAAACAGGAACAGGAACCAGCAGUAAUAUGGAUAAUAAUUAUGUUAGACCUGUUGAGAUGGGUUCAUCUGGAAAGAAGAGAUUAGCGUGCACAAACUGCAGAAGAAGACGAAAGAAAUGUGACCUUGGCUUUCCAUGCAGUAGUUGUUCACGUUUGAAAAUAGAAUGUAACGUUAAUGAAGAAGACUUAAGAAAGAAAAGAUAUACUUCAGGAUAUGUUAAAUCGUUAGAGACUCACAUUGCGACAUUGGAAACCAACUUAAAGAAACUAGUCGAGAAAGUAUAUCCGGAUAAUGAACAAAUGUUACGUAGCAUGAUGGUUAAUGACGUAUUAUCUGGAGAUGUAGCAAACGAAUUAUCUAAAGACGCUACUAAAAUCAAUCAUAGUGAGGAGGUAACCUCACCUCUCGUAUCAUUUGGUGUCCGCGGUGAUUCUCAAGUUAACCAGCAUCAACAUAUGCUACCCAAAAUAGAAAAGAAAUCCAUAAAAUUACCCUCUCUCGUCGAUAUGAAAACUUCGUUACCACCUUUACUCUUUCGAAAUGGUAAUAGUACCGUUGAUCUAUCGAGGAGAAAACCUUUAGUGAAAGGCAGUUUCUAUCCAGAAGGUCCUGUAACUUAUAGGCCAACUAAACCAAUAUCUGUGUCAUCCUUAACAUCUGUAAAUUCUCUUGUGUCUUCAGAUGGAUCUGCAUCAUCCCAUUCACGAGAUAUUGAAGAAACAAAUAGACUAAAUAAACAACGUAUAUCGGAUUUGAAGACUACAAUAAUUAAGAGACCUUCUGAUCCGACUCAUGCCAACCUCAUAAACAGUGACCCAUUGAUUCUAAAAGCUCUUUCUAAGUUCUAUAGAUGGCUGUAUCCUGGUCACUUUAUAUUUGUUCAUAGAGAGAGUUUUCUAUAUGGGUUCUUCAACGAUGCUAAGGAUAAUUAUGCUAGCUCUCAUUAUUGUUCUAUUGAAUUAAUAUAUGCCAUGUGUGCAGUUGGUUGCAGGUUAGCUCCUGACUUACAAAAUAUGUCGGAGGUAUAUUAUGAGAAGAGUAAAUCAAUGUUAUUAGCAUUAGUUUUCGAUGAAAAUAGUAUUGCACGGAUAACCACUGUGCAAGCAUUAUUUUGUUUAGCUUUUUAUGAAUUAGGUAAAGGUCAAAAUCAACAGGCGUGGUAUUUUUCAGGUCUUGCUAUUAGAGUAGGUUACGAUAUGGGAUUCCAAUUAGAUCCAAAAGUUUGGUAUACUGAUGACACGAAAGGUCAUUUAACGACGAGUGAACUUGAAAUUCGCUCUCGUAUUUAUUGGGGUUGUUAUAUCGCAGAUCAUUUCAUUUCGUUGAUGUUGGGUAGAACUGCAUCCCUGAGUGUUAGUAAUUCUACUAUCCCUGAGUCUAAUGAAUUACCUGAAGUUGUUGGUACGGAAGAGUUUAGAUUUGUAGGGAAACAUGUUCUACAAGUUUCAUUACCACUAAAGAAUCUUAUUAUUUUAUCAAGAAUUGUUCAAAUUUUUACAAGCAAGAUAUUUAUUGAGAGUGAUGAUACUAAUUCUAAGAUACGAUAUCUAGAUAAAUUUAAUACACAGGUUUACAAUUGGAGACAAUCAUUGCCGGAGUUUUUACAGUGGUCGAAGGAGCUUAUUAAGGAUCCAGAUGUGUCAAUUGACCCUACAAUUUCAUAUUUCUGGUAUUACUAUUAUAUUGUCAGAUUAACUUUCAACAAACCAUUUAUAGAGGAUUCGUUAGAGUCCAAGACUGUGGUCAUUGAAAUCAUUGCAGAUUUAAAGACAUUAUUCGAUAACUUUAAGAAUAAAUUUGGUAACUUCGAGAGAUCUACUUUAUUCCAAUUAUAUGCAUGUCUAUUGGUUAUCAACUGUUUAAAGAAAUUACUUGAAUUAAAGGAUGCGAAGAGUCAAGCUAUGCAUAGCACGUGGACAAGACUAGUUGAGUAUUUCAGUGAUAUAUUCUUUAACAACAUGUAUCCCGAAUAUUUACUUCCAAAGAGACUUCAAGGUGCCGAAGUAGAUAAUGAGAUCCCCUUAGAUACUCAAGUAGUCAACCAAGUCAAUACAAACUAUACACACGAUUUCUCCUUAAGUAAUGAGAUUGAUGAUCUGAUUAAAGAUUUUUUCGACGUUGCAUACAACCCCGCCAAUCCAUUAGUUUAA